AUGCGCAUAGUCAUCUCACCGAACGACGAUGCCGUGGCGGACUACGUUGCCAAGUACAUCAUUACGCAGAUCAAAAACUUCGGGCCGUCGAAGGAGCGGCCGUUUGUGCUGGGCCUCCCCACCGGCGGCUCGCCGCUGAAGACGUACCAGCGCCUCAUCCAGGCGUACCGCGAGGGCCGCGUCAGCUUUCGCAACGUGGUGACGUUUAACAUGGACGAGUACGUUGGACUUCCCCGUGAACACCCGCAGAGCUACUACUACUUCAUGAAGACAAACUUCUUCGACUUUGUGGACAUUCCGGAGGAGAACCGUAACCUGCUGGACGGCACCGUCCCCGAUCUCCUCGAGGAGUGCCGCCGCUACGAGGACAAGAUCCGGCUGCUGGGCGGCAUCCACCUCUUCCUUGCCGGCGUCGGCACCGACGGCCACUUGGCAUUCAACGAACCUGGCAGCAGCCUCGAUAGCGUCACACGUGUGAAGUCCCUCAAUGAGGAGACUAUUGCCUCCAACGCGCGCUUCUUCGACAACGACAUGCGCAAGGUUCCAACGAUGGCGCUCACUGUCGGCAUCAAGACGGUGAUGCAGGCACGUAACGUUGUGGUGAUCGCAACGGGCGCAAACAAGGCUGUGGCUGUGGCGCAUUGCGUCGAGGGCAGCAUCACGCACGCCCACCCCGUCACCGCGCUGCAGCUGCACCCGUACGCCGUCCUUUGCCUUGACGAGGAUGCGACGCUGGAGCUCAAGGUAAAGACAGUCAAGUACUUCAGGGGGCUGCUUAAGCGCGAGGACGAUCUCCGCAAGCGACAGGAGCACGCCAAGGCGACAAUGGCGAAGAUGUAG